AUGGGUGACACUGAGAUCCCAUCAAACCUGGGGAACUCCCAGUGUGCUAGCAAGCAAGGAGUUGAUUGGCGCCCGUGGGCCCUAAAGAUUGGCCUUGGUGGCGGCCCUAUUGGGGGCACAGCAGGCCCCACGGGUCAGGUCGACGGGACCUUAACGGUCCACGCCAAGACUUUGGGGGAACCACAUGGGAGGUGA